UAUUUAGGGAAAACAGUCGUGCUCUCGCGCGCUUCGCCGCGAAGAGCCCAGCUCCGGCCGGUGAAGCGCCGUACCGCUGAGGGGAAACCACGCCGCGCAGCCGUGGGGAAAAGGCAGGAGCGCCGCCGCGGGCCGGGGAGGAGUUCCAGGCCGCCGAGGGGACUCAAAUGGUGUUGCGCUUCGCUCCCCGCGUGAAAUCUCCCCGUCUCGGUCGCUCCAUGUGGGCCGAAGCUGCUCCUCUUCGUCCCGAACCACACCCACCGCCCGUCUUCUCCGUGCCGCCACUGCAAGACCUCAACGCUCGGCUGAAGCGCCUGGUCCAGUCGGGCCGGCUACCCGACGCGCAGGCCCUGUUCGACGGAGCGCCGCACCACGACGAGGCCUCCUACUCCGCCCUGCUCGCGGGCCAUGCUGCGGCGGGGGAUGUCACCGGCGCCAUGGCGCUCUUCUCCCGCAUCCGCGCAUCCUCGCUCCCGGCCGCUGACCCCUUCGUGCUCAGCCUCGCGUUCAAGGCCUGCGCCGCGGCCGCCGACGCCAGCCACGCCGCGUCACUGCACGCCUUCGCCGUCAGGUCCUCGGCCGUCUCCUCCGUCUUCGUCGCCACCGCGCUGGCCGACGCCUACGCCAAGGCAGGCUGCCUCGCGCAAGCGCUCAGGGUGUUCGACGAAAUGCCGCUCAAGAACGUGGUCUCCUGGACCACGCUCAUCUCCGCACUGGCGCGGGCCGGCCGCCGCCACGACGCGGUCCGCCGAUUCGCUGAGAUGCGCGCCUCCGGCAUGCCCUGUGACUCGCACGCCUUCGCGGCCGCGCUCACCGCGUGCGCUGACACCGGGCUGCUGUCGCGCGGCCGUGAGGUGCACGCGCUCUGCGCCAAGCUCGGCUUCGACGCCACGCCCUACGUCGCCAACACACUCGCCACGCUGUACGCGCGCUGCGGGGACGUCCACCGUGCAAUGGCUGCGGUCGGACGCAUGGGCUCGCGAGACGUUGCCGCGUGGACGACGGUGAUAUCCUCCUACGCACAGACUGGUCGUGCCAAGGAAGCCAUCCUGGCAUUCGUCGCGAUGCUUCGUGACGGGGCAUCGAAGGCGGCCAGGCCCAACGAAUACACAUACGCUGCAGUUAUUGCUGCGUGUGCAAAUAUUUCGUGUGUAUAUCUUGGAGAGCAGUUGCACGCUCAAGCUGCACAAAGAGGGUUCGCCAGUGCGCGCUCGGUGGCCAAUUCACUCGUCACACUCUAUGCCCGCGCCGCCGGUCGUCUGUCAGCAGCCGAUGCCGUGUUCUGUGAAAGUGCUGCCAAGGAUGUUGUCUCUUGGAGUGCAAUCAUAUCAGGCUAUGCGCAGGAAGGGCUUGCCGGGGAGGCUUUCGCCCUGUUUACUGAAAUGCGACGGCACCAUUGUCCUCGUCCGAAUGAGUUUACUCUUGCCAGUCUCCUCAGUGCGUGCGCAACUGCUGCGUCACUGGACGCUGGUCGCCAACUCCAUGCACUUGCUGUCGCUGCUGGACUUGAACACCAUGCCAUGGUCAGGAGUGCGCUCAUUGACAUGUAUGGAAAGAGUGGCAGCAUGUCAGAUGCUGAUGUUGUAUUUUCGAAUCGCACGAAAGAUGAUGUGGUUUCGUGGACUGCGAUGAUCGUCGGGAAUGCUGAGCAUGGCCACAGUGAAAGGGCACUUGAAUUGUUUGAGGAAAUGUGCCGUGUUGGGCUAAAGCCGGACCAUGUUGCGUUCAUAGGUGUGCUCAGUGCUUGCUGUCAUGCUGGGGCAGUUGAGCUUGGGUUGAGGUACCUCAAUGCAAUGAGCAAAAGCUAUGGACUGGAGCCCGCAAAGGAGCACUAUGGCUGUGUCGUGGAUUUGUUGGGCAGAGCUGGUAGAAUAGAUGAGGCUGAGGAGUUGAUUGGUGGUAUGGUAGCUAAUGAAAGAGAUGGUGUUGUUUGGACAUCUUUGCUUAGGGCAUGUGCAGCUCGAGGGGAAGAGGAAACCGGAAAGAAAGCUGCAGAGAGGGCAAUGGAGGCAGAGCCAUGGGGUGCAGGAGCACAUGUGGCAAUGGCAAAUCUGUACGCCAGCAAGGGACAAUGGUGUGAGGCAGCACAAGAGAGACAUAUGAUGAAGCAGAAAGGGGUUGUGAAAGGAGUAGGGUGGUCAUCAGUCACAGUUGGAGGGGAGGAGAGGGGAGUUGGGGUGUUUGUUGCAGGUGACCGUACACAUCCCCAAGACAAUGUGAUCUAUGAGAUGCUUGACUUGAUUUACUAUGGAGUUGGAAUGGCCCGGUAUGUACCCGAUCAGAUGAAUUUAGCAUCUGAGGUGGAGCUAAUGGUUAACACUUAGUAGUUAACUGAGUAAUUUCAGAAGGAGAUAGGCUUGAAAAGAAAAGUACAUAAGUCCUUGGCACGAUGAGCACAAUGCAGCCAUGCGACUUAAAAGCUCUGCUGCUGUGCUGAAGUCCUGAUUUGAUACUCCCUCUGUUCCAAAUUUGAACUAAAACCACGACAAGUAAUUUGGAACAGAGGGAGUAGUUCUUUGGUAAUACUACUGGGGCUUUGAUCUUGGUACGCUUUUGAUAAGAUGGUGACUGCUGCAGCAUAUAUGUACGAGGCAAGAAUUCUCUGUUGAAGCUUUAGCGCUCAGGCUGGUGCCAAAAGUAGCAGUUCUGUGUCUACCACAGAUCAGAGCACAAAGUUCUGAUAUCUGCAUCAGAAUCGCAUUGAAGAUCACUCCUUGCUCUAUGAACUAAUACAUGUUUGCGACAUUGCACAAAGGCUUGGACCUGACAUUGAUGUGACGAAGUGUGUGCCUCACUGAUCCCUUCUUUUGAAGGAAGCCAGGCCACAUAGAUAUAUCAGCAUUCUUUCCAGCAACAUUGCGGCACCGGUGGCACCCAAAGCCGUGUCAACUUGUAUAUCAUACUAAUUGGUUAGUAUCUUAAUUCUUCACCAAAAUAUUGAUAGCUGGGUGGUGAUUCAGCUGAAGCUGGGUAGACAUCAACCUGGCCGAUAAUUUGAGUCCGGGUUUGCAGAGUUGAUGCCUUCAGUCAUUUUGAGAGAAUUGCUACUCCCUCCGUUUCGAAUUAUAAGAUGUUUUAACUUUUUCUGAA